GGCGGAAGAUACUGAUGGGGUACACAAGCUCGCGUACCCUUCCGGAAUCUUCAUCUGGGUCACGCCGUCUUGGUGCCCCUAGCAGCUGUUUUGGUGCAUCGAUCCCUAUCUGGGAGUCUAGGUAGUUGCAUGCGUUAUAUCGAAAAUGACGGCCCUAUAUAUAAUACGCGGCUUGUAUCCUCAGACUGGCUGUCCAAGUCUCAUUGGAAUAGGUCAGCUGUUAGCCAGGCGCUGCUGUGGUACAUUGCACGGUCUCAGCUCUCAUCUCACACAUAUCCCUUCGGAAAAUAAAAAGCAUGUUCUUCAAAUCGUCAAAUCUCCGUACUUGUGUAAAGUCGUAUUGAAUAAGCCUCUGCGAUGCUCUGUCCCGAGGAGCUUCAGUUCAUCAGCUGCUGUGUGCUCUGAUCAUGGAAAGCUGAUCUACACCGGAAACCUAGGAAAGGCUGUGCUUGGGGUUAAGUUCUUCUCCUACUCCAGCAGCAUGUUUAGCAUCUGUGUGACACCCUACAUCCUGCUCAAAACGGGUCUCGGGGUGCAGAGCCUCGCCCUGCAGGCGGCGUUCUUCAGCAUCAUCGGCGUCUUCACUUUUCUGACUCCGGUGCUGCUCCACCUGAUCACAAAGGGGUAUGUGUUACGGCUGUACCACGACCGCGACACGGACACUUACACGGCCGUGACGUACAGCGCUCUUCUGGUGGAGAAGACCACGGUGUUUCACCAGAGGGACGUGAAGGUGCCCGAUGUCAGCAAGAUGUUCACUACCUUCUAUGCCAAGAAGAUGUCCAUGCUGGUGAACCCCAUGAUGUUUAUGUUGCCCCACGAUUACAACCACCUCAUGGGCUAUGACCAGCCCUUUACUUUUGACGUGGAGGAGCUGAAGAAGCCGGACAGCAGCUGAGACCACGGCAGCAGCCUCCGUAUGAUUUCCCUUAGGGGCUGACAGAAACUGGGACUUGUGCAUGAAGCAGGGUGGUGAUGAGGACGGGAAAGAAAAAAACAUUAUGUGCUAGUGAGUAGUGGUGGCAGUGUGACAUGGAGCAGUACAGCCGAGACACACGAUGAUGUAAGUCACAGUUGGUCCUCUUUCUGAUUAUCCUGCGAUGGACCAAGCUGUAAUGCUGUUGCUUUCUGAAGAUGCGCAGCUCUGUUUUCUGCCUCAGUGAAUGCAGAAUAAGUAAAGAAAACGUAAAUAAUUCAGUUUUACUACAUGUCUUUAUUAUUUCAUUCUCCUAGUGUUACUGGAAAGGCAGAUUCUUUUACCCAGCAUCAUUCAUCCUUUGGCAAUAAAAUAUAUUAACAUCCAGCCACCAUAUUUGUUGUCCUGUCAAUGAAUGUCAGUGACAGGUGAUUGGUGGCACCGUACUGGUGUGAAUAUGUCUCUGUCUGUCAGUGUUUCUCAGUCUGGUCAUCGGGGCCCCCAAAUCGGCAGGGACCUGGGAGGAAGCUAAAGCCCAGACCACCUGGGGCUCCCCGAAGACCAGACUGAGAAACUGCUGCAGAGGAAGAUAUUAUGUAAGUGAGGUGACCCUACCAAUCAGAGCUGAUAUAGAACUGAAUAUUGCAGCUGCAUUAUACAGUUCAGAAAAAGGUUGUGUUUGUUGCUCUUAGGGCUGAUAGGGAUGAGGUGGUUUUAAGGGGUUAGGAUGCUGUGUCUGUGAUAGGAAGGUUGUCGGUUCGAAUCCCGUUGUUGGUAUGCUGAGUUCACCAUUGGGUCCUUAAGCAAGGCCCUUAAUACUAAUUGCUCAAGGGACUGGUUGCUCAAUUGCAUAUAGCUUUUGAUAAAAGUGCUUACUAAAAAGAUAAUGUAUGUAGCUGUAUACAAAAAAAAAAAAACGAAGAGUCUCCAAA